AUGAGUAUUUGGGAUCGAAUGUUCGGAAAUGAUGAGCUUUCAAAGCAGCUUCAACAAUUGGUCGACGAAAUUGAGGAAAAACGGACAAAUGCUGAGAAUGAGUUUUCCGGAUCAUAUAAUACCAUUUAUCACCACUAUACGUCAAUCGUUGAUUCAUACAAUAACAUCUUGAAUGCUAUGGUCCGUGCUGAUCCCAAGAAGAUACAGCUAGCAAAAUUUGUGAAAAGCAGUUCUCUGAAAUAUAACCCUCAAUCUCCUCUUGCUAUGCAAGUUGUGAACUUGUCAGUCCACACCAUAUCGAGCUCUCUUACUUUCUCGCUAUUCAAGUAUCCGAGCGACAAGGUGCUUUAUAGAUCUAUCACGCUCGGAAAAGCUGUGGCUGUGAUGGCAGUCCUGGCUUUCGUCACGGACGUAAUUAGCGGUCUUGUAGACGCAUCGAAGGCGAGGGAUCAGUUGAGGGAUCUAAUUGCUAGAGCGCAGAAUGGACGUACUGAGAUUGAUAAUUAUGCGGCUGCGUUAGAUACAGAGGAGGAUCAUUUGAUUGAAGUAAUCAAUAGUUUUGUUAUUAAGACGGACUUCUUUACCAAUCUAUCGCAUCUGAUGCCACAAGGAACGGUUUAUCCAGAUCGUGAAAAGAGUACUGAUUUGGAUAGGGAGGACGUUUAUGUGAAGAUUCGUGCCGCAAUGUUGGAGUGCGAAAAAUUGUUUAUUGGUAUUCGUGACUUCCAACAAGGAGUUAGGGAAAUGGUUAAUGAUGGCUUAAGUGUCGACAUUAUUGCCAAAUAUCAGAACAAGGACAAAAACUUUAUCCGCACAUACCUAAUGUUUACUCACGUUGAAGAAGGAAAAAAUGAUCAACAGAUUAUGGACCUUUUGCAGCUCUCCUCACUUGACGUCCAAAUUGGAAGACUUGGCACCAUUGUAUUUGAACAUCCCGAAUGGAGCGUGGAACAAAUCUUAGCAAACAGUAACUAUUCUAGCGAUCAGCUGACGACGAUUGCGCAUGACAUGAAAUUGGAUCUCACCAAACAGAUCAAUGCAGCCAAGAAAUUGGUCAAAGAAACUGACACUUCCACGGCUACGUUCACUAUCCCAACUGCUAAUUUCCCGCUUUUCCUUUGGUCAAGUAAUAAUUAUAAUGGAUUUGUUGCGAGAAGUACUAAGGGUCAGCCUACCAAGUGGGCUGAUGUAAGGGCUACAAGAGAAGUGGGAAAAGAUACGUACGAGAUGACUCAGUAUUUCCAGUCCUUUAAGCUGUUGGCUGGAGAUAAGCUCUUAUUUUAUGCUCUUCCUAAGGAUGCAGCUGUGCUUGAUACACCUGCUCCUGCAGAUGCCAAAUUGAUUUCAAAGGCUACCGAGGUAUCUGAUAUCACAGCAUGGAUCUUGCAGCAGCAGGAUCUCGUGUCUUAUCUUCAAUUUAAAAGGAAUCCUAAUGUUCA